UUAGUGACCUUUUGACCCUGGCAUUCCUCCUCCGCGAUCCGAGUGUGUGUUUACAUGUGCAGUAUUUAGAAAUCAAAGAAAGUCUUGUGCUUGAAAUUAGAGCCCUUUACUUAGCCGGGAUACCAGGAGGAGAGACCAUUUUAAGGGAUAUUGGCAGAUCCACAAGAUCACUGUUAAAACUUAAUUAUGGAAGAUCUAACUUGCACUGUGUGCUGGGACGUCUACACAGCCCCGAAAAUUCUACCUUGCUGCCACUCGUUUUGUCUAAAAUGUUUGCAAAGGAUUGUUAACAAAGACCAAACACCAUUAAGCCUAGAUCCACCAACUUGUGAUCAAUCCGAGGAUCCCUCUCAGCCCUUGAUAGCAAGAAUCACACCAUGCCUUGAGGAAACUGAAAGUGACGAGCAAGAACUAGCAUAUAAAAAAGACGGUAACAUGUUUCUUCCGAGAGAAUAUGACACACUGAAAGAUGAUACUACAGAUCUAGCCUCGACUCUAGCCCCUUGUAGCCUCGACUCCAGCCCCUUGAAUAGCCUUUCUCAGCGGCUUGAAAUCGAGGCUACUACAGAUCUACUGUUCCCCACUAAAUCAGAAGAACUUACCGUUGACCAUGGAAUGUUAAGCGAAAUUGAGAUCACAUGCCCUGUGUGUAAAGAGAAGCAUGUUUUGGCUGCUGGUGGGGUUAACGGCUUAGCAGAUGACUGUGAAAUUAACUGCAGGCUUGAGCAAAGGAGUGUACAGCAAUCACUGACGAAUAAAGCAUUUCAAUGUGCCCUCUGCUCUAGUGAGGAUGCCGUUACACUCUACUGCCCUGAUUGUGGGUUCUUGUGCGACUUUUGUGCUGGCGCUCACGAAAGGCAGUCCCAAUACAAGGGUCACCAUAGUAGAUCAUGUGACGAGCUGAGUUCCGAGACAUUUAUCGGCCAUAAAAAAGCAAGAAAUUGCGAACUGCACAAUUAUGCAGAUUUCAUAUUUUUUUGUAAUGACUGCAAAACAGCUUUGUGCCCAAAGUGUGUAGUAGGGGGGGCUGUAGAUCACCGUGCACAUGAUUAUGUUCAGCUGGAAGAUUCCGAUCAAUACCAUUCAGACCAGUCUCGCUCAUUGACAGAAGCUAGCAGGGACACUCUUGAGAAAUACCGUCACUACAAAGAUUAUAUUCAAAGAGUUGAGAAGGAAUUCUUAUCAAGCACACACUCAGAUGUGCUGAACAAAACAAUUAAUGAGCGAUUCGAUUCCUACAUUGAGAUGAUUCAAAAGAAACGGCAAGUACUCCUCGAUCAAGUAGAAGAAGAAUCUCUCUCAUCAAAGAAGGCAUUGUGGGCACAGAAAGAGCAAGUUGAUCGUACAAUCACAGCAAUCGAGAGUGGGAUCAAAUUUGCCGAGCGAGUACGCACAGUACACAAUCUUCUGGACCGUAUUGAGAUGAAUUCACAAGUGAUUGCUCGAAUGAGCAGUGUAGACUCAUCAUGGAAGCCUUCUCGCAUCAAGCCUCCUCUUGUUCUCAAACCAACUGAGAAGUUUAUACCUUCUCCUGUUACCCUCACAACAAUUUCAGAUUCUAAUAUUUCUCUCGAAACCGAAAAACCGUCCGUUUGUCAGCAUGAACUAGUGGUAGUAAAGUUUUCCAUCCCACCCUUGAGUAAGCCACAUAUGCGAAUCCUACACGGGAAAUCACGACAAAUACUGGAUGAAAAUGAAGUGGUAUUCUAUGAUUCGGAGGAAAAACAUUGCUACAACUUAGAGUUUGUGCCUCGAGUUGCUGGGGAGCAUGUGGUUGUCAUAGAGUUAGCUGGUACUCUAAUUGCUGAAAAGACCUUCAAUGUAACGGGGACACCUCGAUAUGGGAACACUGUCCAAUGUGGGCCUGACUGGACUGUUGGGUUGCCAAGGAAACAGCUAGGUAGGGUAACAAGUCUGAGUAAGCAACUUGGAUAUGAUGUAGUGAAUGUAAAGUGGGGGGACGAUGAAGAGACUUCACACAUGUGGGGUAAAGAUGGAGAGCAUGACAUUGAGCUUGUCCCGGAACUUUAAUCUAAUAAUUUUUAUACCUAGGCCUUGAGUGUAAAGAGUGCUAACGUACAUGCAAUAAUAAUUAUACAAUUCAUGCUUACUGUAAUGACUUUGCUAGUUAGUUAUUCACUUAGUCAUUUCCUGUUCUUAAUGUUUCCUGUGUUGUAAUGUUUACUGUUUAAUUGUACAUGCGCAUGAGUUCUUAUUACUAGUUAACACUUCUUUUGUAUAUUGCUUUGUGCUCUAGCCCGGCGUCCUGCUCCUAGCGGCGCCCUUUGUGUAUGGGAGCCUCUGCUCCACUGUCUUUGUUGUCUUAGUAUUUACCGUCUAUGUUUUGUGCAUACAGUUAGUUGAUCCAUGGUUGAAUGUUUUAAAUC